UACAACUCUUGUAUCUAUUAAUUAGGUUCAAGCCAGUGUAGGGCUGGUUGGGCUACAGAAACAUUACCAUUCCGUAAGCUCAAUAUACAACGACUUAUGCUUAGGCAAAGUUUACUCAUGUGUUGCUGCUCUGCUCUCUAGUCAUUUUCGAUAAUAUUGUGUCGAAGUAUAGGGAUCGUCGAUUGAAUGAAAGUAUUCUGGCAGUUGGUUAUGAUGCAUUAGCAGAUCCGGCUGGCAAGUCCAACGCACGCUCUCCAUUCGACAGUAAUAUAGUUUCUGACUUUGAGAAAAUGGAAAACAUUCUGGAUUACAUAUUUGUUAUACUCGGCAUAAACACAUCUACAGUGAAUCACCCAGUUGUAUUGACGGAGACACCUUGUGUGCCUCAAUAUACGAGAACAAGGUUAAACGAGUUAUUAUUUGAGAAUUAUAAUAUUCCAAAAGUAGCCUACGGUAUAGAUUCAUUGUUCAGUUAUCAUUUCAACAAUAAAUGUAGCAGGAGCAGCCAUAGCGAAGACAAUGGAGGUCUUGUGAUAUCUUCGAGCAACAACACAACGCACAUCAUUCCCGUCCUUAGCAACGGACAGGGUAUCUUAUCAAAAACAAAACGUAUCUCCUAUGGAGGCACCCAAGCAUCUGAUUAUAUGCUCAAACUCAUGCAGCUAAAAUACCCUACGUUUCCCACCAAAAUGACACCUGCUCAAGCUACUGAGCUUGUACAUCAACACACCUUUGUGGCUCAGGACUAUCAAGCCACUCUCAAGAAAUUAGAAAAGAAAGAAACAAUGGGAGAAUUGGACCGUAUCAUUCAGUUUCCAUUUAUAGCACCCGUCAUUGAAGAAAAAAGUAUCGAAGAAUUGGAACGACAAGCAGCGAAACGAGAAGAAAACGCGAAACGAUUGAGAGAGGCAGCUGCAAAAUCACGAUUAGAAAAGUUAGUGGCGCGUGAGCAACAAUUGGAAGCCUUCACUAAUCUCAAACUAGCUAAAGGAACCAUGAAAAAAUCAGAUUGGAAUGCUCAGUUAAAAGAAACGGGGUUUAAAGAUGAAGCCGAUCUAGACGAUACAAUUCAGCAGUUAGAAAAGCAAAUCCAACGUGCACGGAAUAAAGAAUUGGGCAUUGAGGAAGUGGAAGAGGAAAAAGAACCACCCAUCACGACACUUAUUGAUAUACCGGAUGAUCAACUUGAUGAGAAUGGAAAGAAAGAGAAGCGCAAACAAAAACUGAUGAAAGCAAACUAUGACGCUCGACAAAGAGCAAAAAAAGCAAAAGAAGAAGCACGGCUUUUAGAAGAAGAACGUCAGCGUUUGGAAGAGGAAAAACGAUUGAAUGAUCCUGAAAAGUGGGUCAAUGAAAUCAAAGAAAAGAGACAACGUGUUAUGGAUCGUAUUAAACAACGUAAACGAUUGGCAUCUGAAUUAUCGGAUCGUCGUUCGCGCGCUUCGCAAAUUCGUAUGAAGAAUAUCGCUAAUUUGGCGAGUGAUUCGCCUUCUACAACCAUGGCAGGAAACAAACGUCGCCGUCGCGGCGGUAACAACGACGAAGACACCUUCGGUCAAGAUGAUGAGGACUGGGCCAUCUACAGGGAAAUCAGUAGAGAAGAUGAAUCGGACGAGGAGGAAGAAGAUUUGUCCGAAUUGAAUCAAUAUGAAUCGUUGUUACUACAAUAUGAUCCGGAGUUCUUACCAGAGCAUCGUUAUGAAAAUCAGUCCUCGCCUACUAAUACCUUAAUGCAUCUGUUAGCAAGAGGCGUUUAUCCUACUUACGAUCCCCAAGAUUUAGAACAAAGUUACCAAUUGCAUGUGAAUAUUGAGCGUGUCCGUGUACCUGAAGUGCUAUUCCAACCAAGCAUUAUUGGUUUGGAUCAAUCAGGAUUGAUUGAAAGUGUGCAAAACAUCGUGAGAUCAUUCGACUCGACUACAGUCAAAAAGUCAAUGAUGGCUAAUGUCUUUUUGACUGGUGGAUAUACUAAAGUGAUGGGAUUGCAAGAGCGUAUUCAUGCCUCACUUCAAUCUAUAUAUCCUGUUGAUACUAAAAUCACUGUUCGUCGAGCACAAGAUCCUAUUUUAGAUGCCUGGAAAGGAGCAGCAAUGUUCGCUCAAGAUGCAAGUAAAGAACAAUUCUUUAUAACCAAAAAAGAAUACGAAGAGUACGGCUCGGAUUAUAUAAAAGAACAUGGUUUGGGAAACAUUAUACAGAAGUAAGCAAUCUUUAUUAUUAAUAAAAAGUGAUUACCAUGGUUCAAAUGGCAGUAAUGAAGGGCUAUUGGGUUUUAAAGACGAUGUAGAUGAUGAUGAUGAAGUAUUGGUGGUAUUUUUACUACUACUACUACUACUUUUUUCUUCUUCUUCAAUGACGGCAGACAUGGCAGACGAUAACGUUUGUAAACGCUGUAAUAAAGGGGCUGGGGGAGUUAGUGCAGGAGUAAGCUCUAGAUAAUUGCUACUCGAUGAGGGUGAUUGUUGUGUUGGAGGCGGAGGGGUUGUUUUUAUCUCUGGUAUACCUGUAGCAGAUAUAUUAGUAAUAGAUGAAGAGCAAGGUUCGUUCGUGUCCAAUUCACUCAUUUUGAAAACAAGUGAGUCAUCAUCGUCCAUCAAUGAUGAG